UUCGUUACCGCCUCUUCCUCCCUUUUGCCCUGGGGCUCAAGGAAGGCGGGAGGGGCAAUGCCUUUUGCUGCUGCUGCUAGCCGACUCUUCCGUACUCUCGCGACCAUGGGAGAAGCCGCUUCGUCUUCCCUCAAGAUUGCCAGCAAAGAAGCAGCUUUGCCUGGCAGAAACCGGAGCCUCGUCCGUAUUCUAGGUUUGUGGAAACAGGACAUUGUUUCCAAGAACCGGAUUAUUCUAACUUUACUCUGCUCAGCACUGGUUAAUUUUUGCUUGAAGUAUUGUGCUCUGGAUGGAAUAGUUUCAGAAUGACAGUGUCAAGGUGCAAGCUACUUAAUGGGAUUUAGGAUUCUUAUAGCCACACUGUAAACACCAUGUGAAUGGAAACAGUAUGGUCGAACCUUUUCCAGAGGGAGUGCACAUGACAAUAUUUGGAAUGGGCUGUUUCUGGGGGGCAGAGAAGAAAUUUUGGAGGCAGAAAGGAAUCUAUUCUACUCAAGUAGGUUAUGCAGGAGGAUAUACUCCAAAUCCCACGUAUGAAGAAGUCUGUUCAGGCAAAACUGGCCAUACUGAAGUUGUACGAGUGGUAUUUCAGCCGGAAACCAUCAGCUUUGAGAAACUGCUCAAGGUCUUCUGGGAGAAUCAUGACCCGACACAAGGGAUGCGGCAGGGAAAUGACAUUGGGACACAGUAUCGGUCUGCCAUCUAUACAUUCACCUCAGAACAAAUGGAGUCUGCCUUGAAAUCUAAAAAUGAUUACCAAAAGGUAUUGACGGAAAAUGGUUUUGGUGUUAUCACAACUGAAAUCCGUGCGGCUCCAGAGUUCUAUUAUGCUGAAGAAUAUCAUCAGCAGUACCUAAGCAAGCACCCUAAUGGUUACUGUGGACUUGGAGGCACGGGGGUUUCCUGCCCUGUUGGUAUUAAAAUAUGAUCUUUACUCAUAGAGCAACAAUUCCUUAAACAUGACAAAUGUAAAGAACUGUGCUUUGGAUUUGUACUGCAGAUUUCAGUGUAGCUUUCACAAAUGUCAUGAAAUCAGUGGCAUUUAUUCUCAAGGAAAGGCAUAGGACCAAGUUAUGCACAAAUUAACUGUAGAAUCCUCCUUGGACUAAAUCAUUUUGACUUUAGAAAGGAAAAGUGCAUUUUUAAAUAAAAACAAACUCAUUGCAUUUAGAAAAUCUGCAUAAUGGAGGAGGGUUUUCUACUUAAGCACAGUUCUCUCUACUUUUUCAGAGGAUGAAUGGCCCCCUGAAGCUGGGGAGGGUCACCCUUAAAAAUAUAGGAACAUCUGAAAUGGCACAGUCCAUGAUGGUUUAUAUCAGACACAUAUAAUUUCUGAAGACAUGAAGGCCACAUUGGUUUUUCUAUGGCAUGUUGAGGGUUAAACUCCAAAAGUGCAAUGUCCAUUGGUGCAGUGUUUAGAGGAGCUGUAUUUUUAAAUAAAUGAAUGCCUUAAACCAUUGCAAGGGUUAAGAUUAAGGAAGUGUUGCUCCUUAAACCCUUCCCAAUGCCUAAAAUGAGGGGAGAAGAUUAAUUUUUGGCCCUACACACAUUGGGGUCUGCAAAAGUGGUGCUAGUAGAUUGCAUGUGACCUCUAGGCUGCAUUUUUGCAUACUUACAAUCUUGCUGAAUAUGUAUGCAUCAGAAUCCCAUUACUGCCAUGUGGAGUGAUAUGCUUUGGUAGGAUUUGGUGGUGUUUUGUUUCAUAUGUGCUAAUAUAACUUUUUACAUUAAUACUAAAACCUGAAGACUUAAGGCAAAGGUAUGCAUUUCAGGUUUAAGUAACAAAAAAGGAUAUUAGCAAAAUUAUUGGGGAAGGUGGUGCUUCCUGUGGUUGAAUUGGAGUUGAGAAACUGGAGGCGAGAACAGGGCUAGCAAUUGACACCUCUCCUACUUCUUCACUCAAAAUAGCCAAUCCUGCAAUUCAAUUUAUAAAUUAGUACCAGAGAUACAAUAUUAACAACUAGCUUUUAGCAUGAUAGCUCUGCCCCAGGUUUGUGGUACUAUUGUAUAUAUACUUCAUGAAGUUAACUGCUAAAUAAAUUUUAAGUGAGAACAUUAUGUAGGUGUAACUACCCUUAAUAAUUGUAACAUUAUGCUUGAAAUGGGGUAUUUGCUGAGGGAUGUGAGAACAUUGAUACUGAGUAAGUUUCUUAACUGAUUUCUCAGCUUGAUUUCUGAAAUGCAAAAGGGAAGUUUGAAGUUUUAUGAGGUCUUCCACUCAGAUUUUUUUCAUGCCCAAAUAUUUGUUUCAUACAAGCAUGUUUAAGAAUGUGUUCUCUAAUUCUUCCAACCAGUCCCCAACUCUUACACCAACACACACACACACACACACACACACAGUUUUCAAUAGUGGAAGUGGAUUGCAUGCAGAAGAACCAAAAUAAAGUAAGUUCUGUUGACCUGAAAAUUGGUCUGAAUUGGUAGGGAGACUGUAUCAAAUGUAUCACAAUAAAGGGCUGCAAAUAUA